CUUUACACCUCCUUUUGUCCCUCUAGCAUUCCUCCAUUCCAGCUUUCUAUCUAACAACUCGACGCAUUCGGAUUUCCAGCAUCAAAUUACCUUCUCCCAAAACGAUCAACUCACACGAAGAGUCAGAGAAUAGCACUGCGGGUAAUCUUAACUCUUUCGACGAGAUCGAAAACUUCGUUCUUCCAAAAUUUUCAAAGCUAUGCUUAUUCAUAGGUUUAUGCGGAUAAGAGGACUGUGCUGGAUGGCGUGAUGGUUGGUUAAACACUACAAGCAACUUGCCCAAACAACUGGAUUCUAACAACUAUAAAAUCACUUCAAGGUGGAAGAAAGCUGAUCUGGUUACACAACUUGGUAAUUGGAUAUGGAAUUUGAAGGAGAGGCCGGAACAUCUGUAUAUCCAGAAGGUUUCUCAAACGAAUGCCAUUCAAAGACCAGCGAUGUGAAUGCUGUUGGCGCAGUCAAGAAGUUGCUGUUUCGUAGAAUGCUGGUAGGUGUAAAUGAUGGUCGUUUUUUCAUGGGGAAUUUUCAUUGCAUGGAUAAGCAGGGGAACAUAAUUUUGCAAGAUGCCAUAGAGUUUCGAAGUGUUAGACGGUCCUCAUCUAAUUCACCUAUGGAACAACGUGGCCUCGGUCUUAUUCUUAUCCCUUCAUCAUGUCGAACCUCUUGUCACAUUGACUGCGCUGUUGAAGAACAAUUGUCAUUGCUCUCUUUAAAGGAUAUUUAGUUAUACUAGUAGAUAUGGUUUUCACUUUUCACCCUAUCAUUUUGCUGUUCACAAUUCAGAUACUAGGACUGAGGGACCAUGAAUGUAAAAUGUAAACUCCUCCCUGUCUUUCAAAUGAUCUUGCUAAAUAUGUGCUUCUUUUCUUGGGAAACCCUAAAGAUACACCACCAUUCCUCCUUAACCAAA